CUUUCGAAACACUGGGAGGGUCACACGCAGCUUUUGGACUGCAGAGGUUUUGCAGACUGGGUCAAUGGGGGUCGAGAGGAGAAGCGGUCAGGUUGUGCGGAGGUACGGAGUAGAAACAGCCCGACACGCCAGACAAGCCAAAGAAGCCAUCAUGGGGCUCAUCCUCAGCGCCAUGGCCACAGUGGUGGGGUUUAUCACUACUGCACUCAACUUUUUCACUGAUCCUUUCUUGACGCCUCCGCUGAAAGCAACUCUGAAGCAUUUGGAGGAGGCUGAGCUCACGACUCUGCAAGGAGAGAAAAGGACUUUCAAGGCUAAAUCCUUGUGGGAAAACACUGGAGCUGUGGUCAUGGCUGUCCGGAGACCUGGGUGAUUUUUGUGCAGAGAGGAAGCUGCAGAGCUGUCCUCUCUGAAACCUGAGCUCAAUGAGUUUGGGGUCCCUUUGUACGCUGUGGUGAAGGAGGACGUCGGUGCCGAGGUCCAGAACUUCAGACCAUUCUUCAAAGGGGAAGUCUUCUUGGAUGAAAAGAGGAGGUUUUAUGGACCACAAGAGCGGAGGAUGGGUCUGCUGGGGUUCUUCAGGGUUGGAGUCUGGAUCGGUGGCUUGAGGGCAUUUAGAAAGGGCUUCAUGGGAAAUGUCUUUGGAGAAGGAUUUGUUCUGGGUGGGGUCUUUGUUAUUGGGAGAGGACAACAGGGAAUUCUGUUGGAACACCGAGAAAUUGAGUUUGGAGACAAAGUCAAUAUUAAGGAUGUCAUUGAAGCUGUAAGAAGAAUGCCACGUGAACUUCAGCAUAUGACCAACAACUAGUUCACUUGUUCUGUACUUAAAAGCUGUUCUCUAAGAAAACUGGGUUAUUACAAAAUGGUAAGACGUCUUGGGUGUGUUCAUGAAGGUCUGUUUUGAAACUUUGAAGAAAUCAGACUUGAUAUUUAACACCCAGUUCAUGUUAUCAUUAUGUAAGAUCUGAGAAACUUUGAGACGGUGACCUUUUGAACAUUAAAACAUGUUUCAGCUG